UCCGGCCAGCGGCCUCAGUCUGAGCUGUUGGUGCAGAGACGGACAUCUACUCUGCUUCUCUUGGAGAGUGUCUGCUUCACAUGUUCCCAUGGAUUCCACGAUGAAAGGGGAAGAUUCAGAGGAAGUAGAGAUUGACUUGGAGGACUCUGAAGACUUUGAUAAUGGGGAGGAACCUCAGAUGCUGUGGAGGGCCCAUCCGGCUCAUGAGGAAGAGGAAAACAUUCAUACUUCCACACUAGUGGAAAUCAGCGAUACAAAGCCUCUGAUUAAUGUCAGAGACCCCCGAGGUAUCAAUGACUGCCUCAAGGUAACGUUUGAGGAUGUGAUUGCUGAGCCAGUGUCGGUGCGCAGUGGCGACAGAGUUUGGAUCUGGAGCCACGCCCUGUUUGAGGUGUGCAGGGUUUGGAUUUACAGGAUCGUCACUGUGCUUCUGGCCAUCCCCAUAUCAGUGAUCUCCGGCCUCCUCUUUGCCAUCUUCAGCUGUUUCCACAUCUGGAUGGUGAGUCCCUGUAUCCACUGUAUUCGUAUGGGCACCCGCUGGCUGCAGAGCCUGUGGAGCAUCGUGUUGGGCAUCAUUGUGCGUCCCUUCCUCACGAGCGCUGGGAGAUGCUGCGGAGGCUUCAGCAUCCACCUGGCCAAAGAAUGAGACUCACCCAGGAGAAGCUAAUCCUUGAGGAUUUAUUUCAACAUUUCAUCCAGGAGUGAUAUUGAAAAGAGGAUGUGAGUUAAUGUCACGUGAUACAAACUGGGUUUCACCAUAACUUUUGUUACAGGGGCUGAAAAUAAUGAGAAGAAGGAAUGCAGCAUGCAGCACUUUUACUGAUUUCAAAAUGGGGCUAUGUUUCUUAGAGUUUGAGGUCAUUUCAGUAGAAAUUGUUAUGUUCAUUGAAUUUAUUUUAAUAAUUUUGUUACAAUGUUUUAGUUUGGUGUUAUAUUUUCUUACAUUUUAUAUCUGCAGUUUAGUUUUGUUCCUCAAGGGGCAAAAACCAUGAUGACAUAAUUUGAUUAAAGAAGUCCCUCAUUUUAAACCUAGAAUAGAAAAGAAGAACCAGUUAUGAUAGAUGUGUUUUCCUGGGAAGAAAUGAUAAUGAUUUCUGUUUGAAAUUAGAUCAGCUCUGAGCACUUAACAUAUUUAAUGUUUUAAAAUGAAUAAUGAUAAUAAAACGUAUAAACCCA